UGGCUCAUUGUUCUAUCUGUGGUUGUUACUGUAUGACGAAAGGUUGUUGAAAUUUUUGCUAGUAGCUAGCUACCUAGUUGUCAAACAAACACCAUGUCUAGCAGAGGAGGAAAACAGAAGAAAGGUAACGUUGCCAGUGAGCAGGAGGAAGAGGAGCAGCCGCUUCAAGCUGUGUUAGUCGCCGAUAGCUUCAACCGGAGGUUUUUCCCCAUCUCCAAAGACCAACCUAGGGCUCUCCUACCGUUGGGCAAUGUGGCCAUGAUAGACUACACCCUGGAGUUCCUAACAUCCACUGGGGUUCAGGAGACAUUCGUCUUCUGCUGCUGGAUGUCCAACAAGAUCAAGGACCACCUGCUUAAGUCCAAGUGGUGUCGUCCCACUUCUCCCAACGUGGUCCACAUCAUCACCUCUGAUCUGUACCGUUCCCUUGGUGACGUGUUGCGGGAUGUGGAUGCCAAGACUCUGGUGAGGAACGACUUCAUCCUGGUCUACGGAGACGUGGUGUCCAACAUCGACGUCAGCCAGGCCCUACAGGAGCACCGGCACCGGCGUAAGGUGGACAAGAACAUCUCUGUGAUGACCAUGGUGUUCAAAGAGUCCUCUCCCGGCCACAAGUCUCGCUGCGAGGAGGAUGACGUGAUUGUUGCCAUGGACAGCAAGAGCAAGCGGGUCCUCCACUACCAGAAGACACAGGGCCUUAAGAAGCUACAGUUCCCCAUGAACAUUUUCCAACAUGGAAGUGAUGAGUUUGAAGUUAGACAUGAUCUGCUGGACUGCCACAUCAGUAUCUGUUCCCCACAGGUAGCUGAGCUCUUCACAGACAACUUUGACUACCAGACCAGGAAUGACUUUGUCAGAGGGAUUCUGGUCAAUGAAGAGAUCCUUGGCAACCAGAUCCACCUGUAUGUAACACAGGAUGGCUAUGGAGCCCGCGUGUCCAACCUGCAGAUGUACGACUCCGUCUCCUCGGACAUGGUGCGUCGCUGGGUCUAUCCUCUCACCCCUGAGGCGAACUUCACAGACCAGCGGGGGCAAGGGUGUACCCACUCCCGUCAUAACGUCUACCGGGGCGCGGGGGUCAGCCUGGGGCACGGCAGCCAGAUGGAGGAGAACGUUCUGAUUGGUCGAGACACCAGCAUCGGGGCCAACUGUCAUAUAUCGAACAGCGUCAUCGGCAACAACUGCACCAUAGGGGACAACGUGGUGUUGGACCGGGGCUACAUCUGGAACAACGUAGACAUCUCCAGCAACGUAGAGAUUCACCAGUCAGUAGUGUGUGACGGGGCGGUGGUCAAAGAGGCUGUACGCCUUAACAAACAGUGUGUCCUCGCAUACAACGUGGAGAUUGGUCCGAACCUGUCCCUCCCAGAAGGGACUGUGGUGUCCAUGCAUCACCCUGAGGAAGAGGAGGAAGAUGAUGAUGAUGAGUUCCUCAGUGAUGACCAGGAGGUGGGACACAGCAAAGACAAGACCAGGCAGAAAGCAUUUAAUCCAGCAGAGGUAGGACCUGAGGGUAAAGGUUAUAUCUGGAAGCCUAGUGUGGACGACACUGAGGACGAAGAGCUGGCACAGUGUCUAUGGGGCCUAGUGCUGAACCCUGACCCAGAGAGUGACAGCGAGAGUGAGGCCAGCGAGGAAUCUCAGGAUCGCAGUCGCAGUGUCUCACCUGAGAUUGACGACGUCAAUGCUUUCCAGUUGGAAGUGUUGGGGACACUACAGAGAGGUUUGGAGGAGAACAUUGUCUGUGACAACCUGGUCCUAGAGAUCAACUCUCUCAAGUAUGCCUAUAACAUCACUCUCAAGGAGGUAAUGCAGAUUCUUACCAGAGUUGUUCUAGAGUACCCCUUCCAACUGCAGGGGACGCAACUCACCACCCUACAGUACACUGGUUUACUAUUGCCUCUGCUGAAGAAGUGGUCUCCGGUGUUUAAGAACUAUAUCAAGAGAGCUCAGGACCACCUGGACUGUCUGUCUGCUGUGGAGGAGCUGUUUCUGGAGCAGGACACACACCAGACUGCUAUGGUCAAGGUGCUGAUGAAAAUGUACCAGCUGGAGAUCCUUGAGGAGGCGGCCAUCCUAAAAUGGUUCUCUACAGGAACCACCACAGACAGGAGCAGACAACUACGGAAGAACCAGGGACUCCAGAAGUUUAUCCAGUGGUUGGAAGAAGCAGAGGAUGAGUCUUCGGAGGAAGGAGAGUGAGGAAGUGGAAUAAAGACUGAAGACUUGAGACUGUUGUGUGAAUAGAAACCCAUGGUGGUUCCACUUUAAAUCUGCAUUUAAGAGGACCGGUUUCCCGGACAGAGUUAGGGCUGGAUUUAAUCCGUAUCGCGGAAGAUCCGCGUGAAAACAUAAAAGGUCAUUUCCGAUUGAGCCGACAUAUACAGCGUUUACCAUUAAUGCAGCCUCAUCGAACAUUGCCUUUCAAUUGAGCUAUAACGCAGAUCUUCCGCCAUACGGAUUGAACACAGCCCUAAACCUCUAGUCCUGAAGUAAAAAUCUAUUUCAGUGGACGUUCUCCACUGAGGACGCUUUUUAGUCCAGGGUUAGGCUUAAUCUGUGUCCGGGAAAACCGGCCCAGAAUGUCAAAGGUUAUCAGGUUGUACACUGCGGCAGCUUCAUAUUGCUUCUCCAAAAGGAAAUGGUGUUGUUGAUAUUUAGUGGACAACACAAAGGUGACAUCUUGCUCACAAUGUCACAAGAAGACAAAAGCUGUGGUAUGAUUUAAACACCCUAAUAAAAGAAAGCUUGAACACA